AUGAAAUUCAAUAUAGCUAUUGUAAUCUUAAUAUGUCUAGCUAACGCUGAUGAAUAGUGGGAUACUAUAUAUCAGAGCUUUCAAGACGCUAGCACAAUGGAUACAUCAGGUUAUUUACAUAUUAAUAUAUUUAGGCUGGAUUGUGAGUAAUAAUUUUAAUGGAUUGCUUUUUUCCGUUUGCAAUGGCUCUACGUUGUUUGGAGGAUUUAACGUAUUUGGAAACACUACAAUAAUAUCUAAGCAAUUCUUCUUACCUCCUCAUUAUCAAAUCAGAGUUACACUAGAAUUUUGGAAGUAUUUAUAAUAUCAAAAGUAGAAUUGAUAGUUGGGAUGAUGAAUGGUUUUAUAUUGUAGUGGAUGAUGCACUAUAGAAAAAAUAUUAUCAUUGGGAUACUGGGACCGAAAAAUGUGGAGGGGGAUGGAACAAAGCAUGGUAUGAGGUAAUAGAACCUAUUACAUUUUAAAUGAAUCAUAGUUCAGAAACAUUAAUGAUAAUAAUCACCACAAAUCUUAAUGAGGCUGCCGACACAGUAAGAAAUAAUUAAUAUUAGAGGAAAGUUGGGGAAUUAGAGAUUUUAAGUUGGAAUUAGUAAAAUGUCCUUCGGGAUGUUAAUAUUGUUCAGAUGGUGAUUAUAAUAAUUGUAAUUAUUGGUAUAAUUUAACAUCAUUGUGGCAUGAAUCAAUAGAACUUGAAGGAUGGAUGAAAAAUAAUAAUAUCUAACCUGCAACAUCUUAAUGUGUAAAUUUUAAUUUUGUUGGAGGCUACCUAAAUUUAGCACCAAAUGAUCAAUUAGAAACAACUUUAGAUUUGAGCUUUCAUUUUCAUUUUUAAGUUUAAAUAACUCUAUAACUUUGGAAAUUUGAUACUUGGAAUAAUGAAAACUUUUAGUUAUUGGUAGAUGAUUAAAUUUAGAAUUAAACCGUUUUAAAAACUACAGGUAUAUAUAAUCUUUGUGGAUCCACUGGAUUAGAAAGUAUAUAUAAUAUUGUAGUUAAUUUACCUCAUACAUCAUCAUCAUGCAAAAUAACUAUGAAAACCAAUAAAAAUGUAGCAACCACAAAUGCAUAUUGGGGAGUAAGGGCAUUAAAUAUAUAUCUUGCAAAACACUGUUAUGAUGGUUGCGCUUAAUGUCGAAGUCUUUUAAAAACAGAGUGUACAGUUUGUUCAAGUGGAUGGGUCUUUUAUACUAACUUAUGCAUUUAUCGUAUUGAUUAAUUGUAUCAAAAGCAUCUCCAAUGUUGGGUACAACCAUCAGAAUAACUCAAAUUAAAGAUCUAAAGUCACAUGAAAGAAUUCCAAUGGAAAUCAAUCUAUUAGAAACUAAUUAAUAAAUAGUUACUUAAGGAUCAUUCACAUAUACAAUUAAUAAUAAUUUAUCAAUUUUGAAUAUUAGAGUUUAUGCAAAAUGUUAUCCAAAUAAAAAAAUGUAAAGCUAUUUUAUAAAGUGUAUCGAAUGCUAAUCUUAAAAUUAAUAUUAAUUUUAACAUUAUUGUUAUGGAGCCAUCAAUUCUAUAAUCUAUAAUGCUAGAUUUCAAUAAAUGACAGUUACAAACUAAAAACUGAUAAUAAACACAUCUGAUACUGAAUGUUCAAUUUAUUAAGUAGUAAAUGUUGGAAGCGAAUUACUUCAAAUUAAACUUAUACAAAUUUUAUAAUAGGAUGUUUGA